CUCACAUCAUGCAGCAGGACAAUAGUCAUAAUUUUCGCCCUAAUUUUGUCAGUUUUUAGCCUGUUGCGCUUGAAAUGACGCACGAACCCUUAUGAGGGCAUUGAGUUUAUAAAGCCAGUCACUAAACGCUUCUGGAGACAUCAGCUGCCCGGACCCUGCAGGUUACUAUGUCUCUGGAGGAUUCAUUUGUUGUAAACCCCGAGGACUCCGGGGUUUUGGUUGUGAAUGUUUCAGGAGUGUUUUCGGACUCCACGGGAGAGCGGAGCCAGUACAACAUCUGGCUUCCUGGAGUCGGAAUCGCUGCUGUCUAUGGGAUAAUCAUCAUCGUAGGUUUCAUUGGAAACAUCACUCUAAUAAAGACGUGUCUGCUGGUGAAGUCCAUGCGCACGGUACCCAACUUGUUCCUGUCCAGUCUGGCUCUGGGGGACCUGCUGCUGCUGGUGACCUGCGCCCCGGUGGACGCCAGCCGCUACCUGGUGGACGAGUGGCUCUUCGGCCGCGUUGGAUGCAAACUGAUCGCGUUCAUCCAGCUGACCUCGGUGGGAGUCUCCGUGUUCACCCUCACCGCUCUCUCCGCUGACCGGUACAAAGCUAUUGUCACACCACUGGACAUCCACACAUCCAGGGCGACACUCAGUAUCUGUUUACGAGCAGGGCUGAUCUGGCUGCUCUCUGUGACUCUGGCCAUUCCUGAAGCUGUCUUCUCCGACCUGCACACCUUCACCACCAGCCACGCCAAUGAGACAUUUGUGAGCUGUGGGCCCUACCCCCAUGUCGGGGAGCUGCACCCAAAAAUCCACUCCACUGCCUUCUUCCUCAUCUUCUACAUCAUCCCGCUCUUCAUCAUAUCUGUCUACUACUGCUUCAUUGCUCGCAGCCUGGUCAGGAGCUCUGAGGACCUCCACGCUGAAGGACACCUGCACCUCCACAAACAGAUUAAGUCCAGGAAGCGUCUGGCCAAAACUGUCCUGGUGUUUGUUGGUUUGUUCGCUGUCUGCUGGCUCCCCAGUCAUGUGAUCUACCUGUACCGCUCCUAUCACUACAAACAGGUGGACCCGUCACUGGGUCACUUCAUCGCCAGCGUGCUUGCUCGUGUCUUGGCCUUCACCAACUCCUGUGUGAACCCAUUUGCUCUGUACUUGAUGAGCAAAAGCUUCAGCAAACACUUUGACAAGCAGCUCCUAUGCUGCGCUGCUCCCAGACGCUGGUAUAACCAGAACAGUGGGAGAACAAACACAACCACUGUCUGAAAGCCUUUGUGUUGUCAUCAACAUCUUUGUUUUAGCAGGACUGUCAUGCUGAUCAUUUUAAUCACAUCAGUUUGAGUGGAACACAUGUUUAACUCUGAUUUAGAAUGGUCCACUUCAGCGGGAUAAAAAGAUAUUUCUUACUAAUUUCACUCAUUGCUUUUUUUUCCACAAAAACACCUUGAAAUCAUGUUAUUUCAUAAAAGAAUUCUUAAUAUCUCAGCUAACCAGUCAAGGCCAGGGAGACAAGAGGUGACUGAGGAUCUGUCAGGAAUGUUUAGACUCUGAAUUAAAACAAGAUAAUAGCUUUUUGGCUGAAAAACAGUUACAGUCGAGGCUGCUUGUCACAGUCACUGAUACCAAACAUGUUUUCUGAUUGCUUGUGAUGGAUCUUUAUUGUACAUGUUGCAUGACAAAUAAAUGUAAUAUAAGCAAAGGCCCUGACAGUUAAUGUGUUUACUCUGUACAAUUGUUUUAGAUGAAAAAUGAAACGUGUACGUUCAUGUAUCACUCAGGAUUGUAAAUUGCUACAAUAAUUGUCAUUUGUUCAACUGCCCUUUAUAUUGGAAAUGCUAGACAUAAGCUUUAUUAUGUAUGGCUUUAUCUGUACUGUGCUGUUAUUAAAAAUACAUGAUGGAUGCUGGAUGUGUACUUGAAAUGUUUUUUUGCAGGAUUUAUUGUCUUUGUCAAAUCUUAAAGCUACAGUAUGUAACACUUUUUCCAAUAUUUUUGUUGCAGAAAUAUGCUCCAAUACUAGUCUUAAUGGGGAGAUGUGUGAUGGAAGCCUCCUGUGACCCAGACUCACUG